UGAGACACAGAAACAUUUACAUCUUGAGCCUUUCUUGGAAUCUCCAGUGACCAUGUCAGAGAAACAGAAUAACUUCCCCCCUCUGCCUCGCUUCAUACCACUCAAACCAUGCUUCUACCAAGACUUUGAGACGGAUAUUCCAGAUGGGCACCGACCUUUGACCAAACGCCUCUACUAUCUAUGGAUGCUGAACAGCAUCACGCUUGCGGUGAAUCUGAUUGGCUGCCUGGCGUGGCUAAUUGGAGGAGGUGGAGCUGUUAAUUUCGGCCUUGCGUUCCUGUGGCUCAUCCUCUUUACUCCCUGCUCCUAUGUGUGCUGGUUCAGACCUAUUUACAAAGCUUUCAAGACGGACAGCUCCUUUAACUUCAUGGCGUUCUUCUUCAUAUUCUGGAUUCAGCUGGUGAUCAGUGUAAUCCAAGCAGUUGGCAUCCCGGGAUGGGGAGUCUGCGGAUGGAUUGCAACAAUCAGCUUCUUCGGUACAAAUGUAGGAUCCGCAGUGGUGAUGCUGAUCCCCACCAUCAUGUUCACAGCAAUGGCUGUGUUAUGCUUUGUAGCCUUGACAAAGGUACAUAAAUUUUACCGCGGCUCAGGGGGCAGUCUGAGCAAAGCACAAGAGGAGUGGACUACAGGUGCGUGGAAGAAUCCUCAUGUGCAGAACGCAGCCCAGCAGGCGGCCCUUGGAGCUGCGCAAGGUGCAAUGACACAGAAUGAACCUCAGUACUCAGCCACACCAAACUACGGUUAUACCAACCAAAUGUGAAGAGGUCAACAGGCUUUAGGAAGUACAGUCCCGUGGGUCUGAAAGUACCCUGUCCUCUAGUAGUUCAGUUGUCUCAUCAAAUCUUACAUCUUUUUUUUCUCUUUGAUAUGGUGCAUUAUGAUUGUGGUGUGUAUGUUGUUGUCCAGAGAGAAGCCACACCCUGGUUAAAUUAUAAUAGCUCUGUGCAGGUUCUGCCAUCAUUUUGUGCCCUCAAACCAAUGUAUUCUGCCCUUCAGCUGCUAUGUUUUACAGCCAUUAUUUAAUUGUAGAGUUGUACUAAAAGGCAGUUUAGUAACAGCUAAUGUCUGGUUGUUUCCAAUUCAGAGUGGGCAUAGAGAGUCAGGAAUUUGCGACACAGUCAAAA